UACAUCUAUUUCUUACAUGGUAUCAGAGCAGGUUUAGAACCUAAUAUUUUUUCGCUUCACCGGCGGGCGGCAACCUCACCUUAGCCGUCCGCCGGACCUUCACCUAGUCUGCAAAAAUUCUCUCUUGUUUUUGACGAAGGCUCUUUCUCUUCUCUCUGUCUGCUUUUUUGUUUGUUCAAUUUUGGGGGCUAACUAUUAGCAAAAAGAAAGAAGAAAUGGGAGAGACGAAGCCAAAAGCCAGUGGUGUUUGGCCCACCGUGAAGCCUUUCGUCAAUGGCGGAGCCUCUGGAAUGCUCGCUACCUGUGUCAUCCAACCUAUCGACAUGAUCAAGGUCAGAAUUCAAUUAGGUCAGGGAUCAGCCACUGAUGUGACAAAGAACAUGUUCAAGAAUGAGGGUAUUGGUGCCUUUUACAAGGGGCUGACUGCUGGGCUGCUUAGACAAGCUACAUAUACAACUGCCCGACUUGGAUCAUUUAGGAUUCUGACAAAUAAAACAAUUGAGGCCAAUGAUGGGAAGCCCCUACCUUUAUAUCAGAAGGCUUUGUGUGGCUUAACUGCUGGAGCAAUUGGAGCAUCAGUUGGUAGUCCAGUAGAUUUAGCACUCAUUCGUAUGCAGGCAGAUGCUACCUUACCUCUCGCACAGCGUCGGAACUACACGAAUGCAUUCCAUGCCCUUUAUCGUAUUGUUGCAGAUGAAGGAGUUUUGGCACUCUGGAAAGGUGCAGGCCCUACUGUAGUGAGAGCAAUGGCACUGAAUAUGGGAAUGCUUGCCUCAUAUGACCUGAGUGUGGAGUUCUUCAAGGAUUCUGUGGGUUUUGGUGAGGCUGCAUAG